AUGGACGAACUUACAAUAACUCCUCAAAUUGCGCCCAUCUCGAGUUCGAGGAGAGUUUCGAUGGAGCAUUAUUACAAGGGACAUAAUGGAUCUUCAGAUCAAGAACAGGAACCAGAAGUCGAGGAGGAACCAGAGGAAGAACAGGAACAAGAACCUGAGAACGAACUCGAGGACAAACCCGCGGAUUCAGAGUCGAUAGUAGAUACUCUACUCGAUUCUCCUCCAUCCUACGAUGCUUCGGUUCGAUCACAAAACAUGCGAAACCGUUUGAAUAUACAACCUCGAGAAGAUGAGGGAAGGGAAACGCUCCCUGGAUACUCUACUGGUAUCAGUCUGGAAAAUUUGUUUACGAGGAAGAUGGAACUACAGGGUGCGAUACACAGGGCUUCGGACAGGAAUUGGUAUCGAGUGCUGGCGACAUUACAAGGCACACUUUUAACCUUCCACAAAUUCAAAGGCUCGGGGGUAUUUGGUCGUGAGCGUGGAGACCAAAAGGGUACACCAGAUCUGCCUGCUGGCACCAGAAAGGGCAGUUUAUUGGGAAGCUACAAUUUACAGCAUGCAGACGUCGGCAUAGCUGCCGAUUAUGUGAAGAAAAUAUAUGUUAUUCGAGUUCGAGCAGAAGCAGACCAGUUCCUUCUAUCAUGCGUCAAGAUUGAAACGUUCGUCAUCUGGCUACAAUCACUCUCCACAGCUAUCGAUCUCUCUAUGCCCCUUGAUGAACGACAGACACCUCGAGAUCAAUCCAUUCCACGUUCACGACGAAGAAGGAGAAGAGAAGUCAGGGGGGUACAGAUUGGCGAUGAACUCAUUCGAGAACAACAAGAACUCAUCCGAACACACUAUCCCAACCUCGCCACUUCGCGCACCCCCGAAAGAACCACCACCGCCACCAGCCGACCAUCAACCACUGCCCCCACAACUCAAUCAACUCCCCCCCAUACACCUCGCGCACCACAAGAAUGCAUCAGCGAAGCCGAAGCCGCGGUCGAUGCACUCCGAGAAAUGGGUCUCAUAGGCGGCCGACCCCGUCGCCACCACCGCAUACUUCACCGUCGCACACCCAACCCCACCCCCUCCCAUUCCUUCUGUCCCGAAACGGGAAAAUGGCAACCGGAGCACGCGUGGUCUCCUCGAUACGACAUGUUAUAUGCUCGAAAAUGCAUGGCGGUUCUCACAAGUCGCUCGCCCCGAAAAUCAAAUUUUUUAAUCAUGAAAGGUAAACAGUGGAUUGUGGAUUGGAAUACUGGCUCGUUAAUAAGAUGCGAACCUCCGGAGUAUGGAGAGGAUUAUUGCGGACGGUGGAAAAUAGGACAUAAUGGGACGCCGGUUAAGGCUUGA